AUGGCAGAUAAUCUGAGAGAAAAAUGUGAUAAGAAACUAAGAAAGAUAAUAUUGAAGGAGGAUAUUACACAGUUGGGAAAAAAAGGGGAGCUUUUGGAUGUUAAAGCUGGAUUCUUUAGGAAUUAUUUGCUACCAUUGGGCAAGGCUUCAAUUGUGACACCUGCACUUAUCAAGGAAAUGAAGAUGGAGGAGGAUAGAAUUGAGGCUGAGAAACAACGGGUGAAAGAAGAGGCAGCACAACUUGCUCGAAUUUUUGAAACUGUUGGAGCCUUCAAGGUGAAGCGUAAGGGUGGGAAAGGAAAGCAAAUCUUUGGAAGUGUCACUGCUCAGGAUCUCGUUGAUAUUAUAAAAGCACAGAUACAGAGGGAUGUGGACAAGAAAAUUGUCACUCUGCCUGAGAUUCGAGAAACCGGAGAAUAUGUUGCUGAACUGAAGCUGCAUCCAGAAGUUACAGCUCGAGUAAGGUUGACAGUGUUCGCCAAUUGAGCAUAGGUGGCUUUCUGGUGCAGUUGAUGCCAAUUCAGGAAUUUGCUGUGUCGGCUCUCUGGGUCAAGGUAGGGAGGAUGCUAUAAACAAUGUAAAACAUCAGAUUCAGAAUCCACCUAUGGACCCAAGUUUGUAAAUGAAUUUUCUUAUUUUGAGAUCAUUUAUCCUUACCUGACGUGUAACAUCAGAUUUUUCUUUCUAAGCCUAUUGUUAUUUCAAUUAUUAUCAUUGUGGGUCUUCA